AUGUUCUACAGCGGCAACUCCGAGUUGCAAAUCCGGGCCUUCCGCGAAAAGAACCCCACCUAUUACCGGCACGACCCCAUCUUCAACGCCUACACAUACGACCACCCCUGGUACCUUUUCUUCGACGAAAACAAAGAUCUAGACAACGGUGAGACAUCAUCGCAAGCCCUCGCCGCAAAAACCACCGGCAACGUCCUCAUCUUCGGCGCCGUAGAAUGGAAGACAAAAGGACUAGAAUCGCUCUUUGCGCGUCAUGAAAUCGCUAAUCUGCAUGAAAGGCUUCAGAACGGGAAUAUCAAGAGCAUUGUUCAUAUGCAGAAAGAUGCGACGAAACCAUCGCAGGUCAUGGCUACGGAUGACGCAGAUGGGAAGCUGACUUGGAAGAAUAGCUUUAAAGAAGGUGACUCGAACGCUUCUGGCACCUACGACGUGUGCGCAUCCGAUGGCACGGAAUGCGACGUACCUAAACCCAACAAAAUCACCCAGCAAGACAGAUGCCUCCAUCACAACCGAUGUACUCCCAGCGAUCUUCGCGCGCCCAAAACGCUGCGGCGGCUUAGGCGGAUUCUGAUACGGAACGAAGAACUCCUCCAGCGACACUUCGACGCACCAUUCGACAUGGUACAGACGAAGAAGCGGUUGAAGGUUCAGACAUACCUCCCUGCUAUGACGCGGUUCUUGUUCAGUAGGCCCGGCCAGUACAAAGCCCAGCAAAGGCAUGACCCUCUCCAUCGCCAUGGUCACACACUACUCCGGCCACGGAACCUCCGUAAGCGUCAACAACGAGUGGAAGUUCUACACCACCAGCGUCGGCAAGGCGGUGGGCAGUUGCGGUGA